GAUGAUGCAAGUUUCACCUGCAUAAUCGCACUGUGGAGAGUCCUAACCGCGGCCAAGGUCACAGCAGCCAAGGUCACGUAGGCGCCCUGUGACAUCAGCACCGAAGCGUGCGCAUUCCGUGCUGGAAUGCAUAUCAAAACCAAACAGCAUGUAUUUAUAAUCAUACGUACACUCUGAGCGCACUGCGCGCGCACGGCCCAGCACGCCCAACGGCAAACGGCGGGAAGACCGUGCGGCGGAGCUGUUGACCUGUUGACACUUCUAGUCCAGCCCUGCCGUCAACAGCGACAUGGAGCAUACCGAUAGCAGGUCACGUAGCACCAGAGACUGGGACAAACUUACAGCCGACGACAUUCGGAACAUUGCCUCGCGAUUGCACCCAAAUGUGGUGGUCAACAGCCUGAAGCCACUGAACAAAUACACAGCGGCGGCUCUGAGCGGCGCAUACACGGACGUCCGGUUGCACAAGGAGCACAGCGCCGGAAGACAUACCUUGAGCUUGGCCGCAGACCCAUGGCCGGGCGACGCUUUUGCCGCGCACUGGUCGCACCGGGAGCCCUGGCGCUCGCUGUCCCACCCACGCAAGCUCCAGCUCCUGUGCCUGGCUGCCUCCAGCUUUCACGCCACCAGCCUCCAGGCCGCCAUCGCCGCUUCGGGCGUGGGGCUGUCGGCUGAGGUGGUAGAAACGGCGGCGGCAGCGGGCGACCUAGCGGCCUGCAGGCUCCUCGUCCACGCGGGGUGUGACACCAGCUUUAGGGCUGUCGCUCUGGCGGCGGCUUUUGGUCGGCUGCACGUGUUGCAAUGGAUCUGGUGGGACCAGGACCCCGCGCUGCAGCUGCGGCGCGCCUUCCGCUGGGGUGCGCAGGCACUGGCGGCGGACUCGCCAUGGGACGCAGACCCGCAUGACAUGGAUGCGGCGGUGCAUGCCUGCGCCGGCGGCCAGGGCCACGUGCUGACGUGGCUCGAGCAGGGCCUGCCGCCGCCGCUGCCCCCGCCGGGGGCCCGCGGUAGCCGAGAGGACCAGGGGCAGGGGCAGCAGCAGCAACUGCAGCAGCAGCAACAGCAGGGCGAGGCGGCGUAUGCAGCAGCCGCGCUCGAGGACGGCGACGUGGCGGCGGUCAGCCCCACAGCCGACGCCUACCCCUUGCCGCGACUCCUUGCUAUGGCGGGCGCGGCGGCGCGGGGCGGCCACACCGCGAUGUUGGAUCGACUGAUCGACCGACGCGGCCUCUAUGUGCGGUCGCUGUUCCAGCGCGACGACGCCAGCACCGCGGGCGUAUGGCACCACGUGCUGGGCUCUGUCGCGCAGGGCCGCUGCGCUGCCGAGGCACUGCGGCGGUACUGCGGCGAUGAACGCAUCCCUUGGCGCGUGGACGCAGCAGACAGCGUGCAUGAGGGGUGGGUCGGCACCCGCAGCAUUGCUUCGCUGCUGGCGAAGGCGGUGAGCAGCGAGCGCGACUGGCGAGCCAAGGCGGCGUUCGUGAUGCGACUGCUGCUUCUGAAGCUGCGGGGCUUGGCCCUGCCGGGGGCGGAGCAGCUGCCCGGCGGCGGGGAGGCCCUGGCGGAAGCUAACACCAAUGAGCAGCUCUUGCAGCAGCUGAAUGAGGCGGAGGCCGCAGCCGUUGAGCGAGUGUUAGUGCACGCGGGAGAACAGUUCGCAUGGUAUUGCACGGAAGCGGCGGCACGCUUCCCGGACUUUCCGGGGCGUUGGCGGCACCUGGCGCCACCUGCAGCGAACGCCUGGCCGCUGCAGUGGAAAGCCAGGAUGGUUCAGGCCGCGGCAUGCGUGGGCAAUGUGGAUGCAGUGCGUGAGGAGUUGGACAGCAUGCCACCUGAAGAGCUCGAUUUCUGCCUGCACGAGCUCGCCAGCGCAUGGAACGUGCAGUCUGCGGCCGGUUGCCAUGCGUCCGUGCUGCGCCUGCUAUGGGAGCGGCUGGUGCCGGCAGUUCCGAGGUCUGAGCACGUGCUGCUGGCGGCUCACACCAGCCGGCUGCCUGACGUGCAAGCCCUCAUAGAGGCGGUGGGAGUGCGGGAGCCGCAACCAGCGGGGGCGCCAGCGGAGGCGGAGUGGGAGGAGGAUGAGGAUGAGACGGAUACGCAGGAAUCGGACUGGGACGAGGAUGAGGAAGGCACGGAAACGGAGGAGAUGGAGUGGGAGGAGGAGGAGGAAGAGACGGAGACAGAGGCGAUGGAUGUGGGGAUGGCCGGAGCGCGGCAAGAGGGCGAAGAGUGUGAGGAGGGCGAGGAGAGUGAGGAGGAGGACGAGGAGGAGGAGGACGACGAGGAGUGGAACGGGAGGGAGGACGAUGGCUCGGGCAUGGAUGAGGGGGAGGACGAGUCUGCUGCGGUGGCAGCGGAGUGGGAGGAGGAUGGGGAGGCGGCUGGUGAGUGCGGUCCUGGUGGGGGGCCCGGGGUGUGGUCAGGUGUCUUCAGCGUCCUGGCAAAGCGCGGCGCCGACUUGCGCCUGCUGCAGCACCUGCACGAGCGGCGCGGCGCGGCCAUCGACUUGGCGGCGGUGGUGGAGGGCGGCUGUUUGGAUUGCUGCGAGUGGGCCCUGGCGGCGCUGACACAGCAGCAGGAGCAGCAGCCGGCGCAACCGCAGGAGCGGUCGCCGGCGCCCCGGAUACACCGCUCGUCCUGGUACCUGGACCUGCUGUGCCGCGGCAAACUGGCCGCGGCGGCCUGGGCCCUGGACCGGGGCUUGGUGACGCCACCGGCGGCGCUCAUUGCCGGCGGCGCCCUGCCGCACCCGACGAGUCUCCAGGCACGGCGGCAUUGGGCUGGGGGCCGCGGACCAGUGCGGCUGAUACUGAACGGCAUGCCGCAAGUGGUGAACUGCGCGCGCCUGUGGCGCUACUGCCGCGGCCCUGCUGGGCUGGAAGAGGAAGAUACGGAGACGGAGGCAUCUGCACUGGCAAUGGCGUCUGCAGCCGCGGCAGAGGGCGGCGGCCGCUGGGCGCGGCUCAUAGGCGGCGUGCAGGCGAGACCACAGGCUCCGCUGCUGCCGGCACACCAGCUGGCGUGGCUAGAGCGGGAGCGCCUGGCGGCAGAGGAGCGGGAGCGGCUGGCGGCGCUGGGGCUGGGGCUGGCGAGGCUUGGAGUGUGACGGCGGCCACGGGCUGGGGCUGGGGUUGGCGGCGCCAGGGCUAGGGCUGGGGCUGCGACACGACUGGCAGGCGCGGAUUGGUCGCGGUGGCGUAAGCUGUCGUGCCGUGUGCGUGCACAGCAACUGCAGCCGGUGUGUGAUUUGGCAAGAUGCUUCUUCGUCUGGAGCGCAUGAUGUAUACGUAUGCACCUACCACCGGCAUAACGCGUGGGCUUAACGCCAUGACCGCCAUUGCCCGUCAGAAGCAUUGGGGCACCUGCACUAUAGGUACCGCAGAAAGUUGUGCUGUCGUGGUUAUGCCCUCAUGGCAACGCUUUGCCUGUACUUUUGUUUUGUGUACUUUAGCGUCAUGUGUGGUUACCGCACGGUUGCUGUCACUGAUGAUGGUUUGGCUUAUUUGCCGAUGCGCCCAAAAGUCACGCGCCCGAGCAGGAGUUGUCAGUUGUACGACAUUCAGUUGAAGCGAUGUGACGUUUUGACCCGGUGCCAGUAAUGCAUGGCGCCAGGAGGCGCUUCAGAGGGCAUGCGCGACUUGCAACUCCAGAACCGU